CAACAUCAACAAAUAAAUACAACAAAUAUAAGCUUUUUUUAUCCAUUUAACAAUUUUUGAUCUGAUUGUCUCAUAAUAAAUCAACAAACACGUGCCAUAAUUAAGCCACAAAAUCAUAAAACGUGCAACUGCCACAGUAAUUAUAUGAAUGCAUAAACAAUAAUAAUAACAACAGUUAGUCAUGCAUUUAUACAAAUUAAGAACAUUAAAAUAAAAUUGAAAACGGGCUCACGUCUCAACCUCAAUCCAAACAAUGGCCAAUCAAAGACUAUUAAAGGAUGAACUAAUGUCAAACACGUCAAGAAGAUGUUGCAGCAAAAACAAUAAAUUAACCUGGAAGGUCAGCACAGCCCUUGGGACACGACAACAACAAAAAGACAACAAAAGGAAACUGCAAUUUAUACACAACAUACCAAAACUAUAAAAGAAGAGGACAAAGAGAGAAAUAAAUCAAAUUUAUUAACGAAUCAAUAAACAUUUUAAUUGCUUAAGAGUAUUUGCACAAAACAACUUGCUAAACAAUUUAACGUUCAGUCCUAUUUGGGCAAAACUUUUUACCAAACAAAUAUAAAGAAAUUUGCAUAAAGUUUGAUUUACUAACCCCAACUAAACCAGCAACAAACGAACAAACAUAUUUCAAUUAAAAUUCAAAUUAAAAAUGUCAGAAUUUCGUUUUUUCGCUUUUACGGAUUAUGAAUUUUACAAUCGUUCACUGAACUUCUUCCAGCUGCCUAUAACACCAUUUCAACCCACCAAAAAAACCACCGCUGAUGAAAUAUCACAUGAACUAAAUGUUCCCUACACAGUAUUUGAAAUACUAGUGGCCAUUUGUGCAAUUAUUGGCAAUCUAAUGGUCAUUAUAGUUUUCCAACGAGAACGCAAACUUAGACGACGUACCAACUAUUACAUCGUUUCUUUGGCUAUAGCUGACUUUCUUGUGGGUUCGCUGGGAGUACCAUUUGCCAUUUUGGCUUCGAUUGGUUUGCCAACGAAUUUGCAUGCCUGCCUCUUUACGGUUUCAUUGCUAGUUGUUCUCUGUACCAUAUCGAUAUUUUGCCUAGUUGCUGUAUCCGUCGAUCGUUACUGGGCCAUCCUAUACCCCAUGGCAUACUCAAGAAAUGUACGCACUAAAACAGCUAUUGUUAUUAUCUCAAUGUGUUGGGUUGCUGGUACUGUCGUAGGAUUUCUUCCGCUAUUUGGCUGGCAUGCAGCUGUUGAUGACAAUCAGGCUUGUCUCUUUGUCGAAGUAAUGGACUAUAAUUAUUUGGUUUUCUUAUAUUUUGCCACCAUAAUAACACCCGCUCUAUUAAUGUUGGCAUUUUAUGCUCACAUUUACAAAGUGAUUAUAAAACAAGUUCGACAAAUUGUCACCAUGAAUCCUGUGGGAGAUAGUAGUCGUCGAUCGUCGAUAGCACAGAUAACAAAUCCUGGUCGAUCGUGUCAUGGAGGUACAAUGUUAAGAGUAUUAGGUGCUGCCCGGAAACGUGAUGUCAAAGCCACUCAAAAUCUAUCUGUUAUUGUGCUAUUUUUUAUGAUCUGUUGGAUACCACUUUACACUAUAAAUUGUAUUAAAGCGUUUUGUCCAUCGUGUUCCAUACACCCCAAGUUGACGCUGUUCUGCAUUAUACUCUCACAUCUUAAUUCUGCAGUUAAUCCAGUAUUAUAUGCCUAUCACUUGAAGGACUUUAGAUUGGCAUUGAAAAACCUGAUACUCAAAAUAUUGGGUAUUGAAAUCGAUCAAACUUUAGAAGCCCAACACCGUUACUCGUUGGCUUCGCAACAUCGUCUGCAAUCGAUGGAUGUUGGUAUGAGGAAUCCAAUGCAGACUAGAAUAUAUAUAGAUUCUCCAAUUUGGCUACGGCAACAACAACAACAAUCUCUUAAAAAUGCGCAACUUGUACCUAAAUGUGGUGUAGUAACACCUUGUUUAAAUAACAUACAUCAAACAGUAGCUGCCGUUGCUUCUGUUACUACCGACAUUGAAAGAGAAAUGUGGAAUAUAAUGGAAGCUUCUAGUGGAGCCGAGUUAGGGGAAAUUAAUUACAUAUUUCCUGAUGAGAAAGACUCUGCUGUUCCGACUCCUCCACCGAGACAUCAUCGUAAAUCGCAGAAUAAGAAGGAGAGCUGCGAAAGUCCCUUUUCUUAUGAUAAUUGUUCCUAUACUCCAAGUCCCGAUGACAAUGAUUUUGAAGAGGUCUUCCUACCUAGUCGUCACCAAGAAAGUGGCGUGGAUCACAAUGCACUUAAUCAAUCUUUAAUAGCAUGUACAAUGCGCGAUAAAUUACGGUCUGAUAUUGACGACCGACCACCUAGUACGCCAAAUUCGCAGAGCGAUUACGAAAUACCAAAGAAUGAGGACUCAAAAUCCCAUACUCCAAAUCAUAAUGUUAAGCCACAAACCAAAACCCCACCUUUAACGCCAAAACGCAUGCAACAAAUUAAGCCUAGAGAAAUGCAAAAACAUCCACACUCAAAUGGUUGCUUAAGUAAUGCUUCCAUUUUUAUUAUAGAAACAGACUCGAAUCCGAUGUCACCAGGUCACAAACCAAAAUUUAGAAAAUCAGCACAAGCAACAAAGACUGCAAACUUAAAUACAAAAUCGUUAACACGUUCCUGUUCAUGUACCAGUGACACGUCGGCAUCAACGUCUCCUCAAAGAGGCAUAAAACUUUCAAGACAUUCCACAGUCACAAAUAGCAGCAGCGCAUCAUCCAGUCCCCAUUUAACAGCUUCCAAUCAAAAUAUAUCUCUUACUUCAGAACAACUUCCAAACUCUUACAACAAUAACAAUCUAAACUAUUACACGUUUCACCAUCCAUCUUCGCAUUAUCAUAGAAAUCAACAUCAUCACGAAAAAUUCAGUCCACUUAGAGCGAUGAGUAAUUUAAUAUUCCCUCCAGUUGUCAAACAUUCCAGUCUCUUUCAAUUAUUCCAUCCCACAACUUCAGAAACAACACAAACAUCGAACAAGCCCACUAACAAACAUCAAACGACUGAUAAUCACAAAAACAAUAUAACAAGCACGCAGGAAGCAAAUGCUGUUAGUGAGUCGGAAACAACUUUAGAUACGGAAAUAAAUGAUACACCGUCAGUCCAAGUGCCAGGAGUACAAAUAAAGUCCGAUAGUUGAGUAAUUUCAGUAGAAGUUUUAAUAUAAUACUCAAAGUUCUUUCAACCAAUGAAAAUCUAAAAACUCCAAAACCAUAGAACAGAUUUUUUAAUCUGCAGAAUAUCACAUUUAUAAAUUUGAUUACUAGAUCAAUUGUUCAGUUGGCUUUGGUCUUUCCCAUUUGCUUAGUUGUUUAUCUGUGUCACAAAAACCACAGAACAAAUGAAAAAGGUUUCAAAAAAGUUUAUAUAUUUUUUUAAUUUUCUCAAUGAAGGGGAUUAGCAAAAGACGUAUUAAACUCUAGGUGAAUUAAAGUUAUAACUAUAAUCUAAGUAUGAAUGUAAAUUGAUAGUAAAUAUUAUUUUUAAUUAAAAAAGUUUGUAUUGUAUGUAUAUAGAAAUUAAAGUAUUUAGCUUUUAUGCGUAUUUGUAUGUAUGUAUGUAUUUAUUUUUCUAUGUAAUACGUAAUUAAGUUUUUUUAGAUAUGAAAUGUAUUUUGAAAUUUCUUUUAAGAAUGAGUGUAUACCAUAAUUAAUUGUUGAUUUAACAGUGCAAAUUUUAAAUUAUCAGUUACGUAUACGUUAAUUAAUGAAAUACAAUAUUAGUAUUUUGAAAUAAAUUA